AUGGGUUCAUUCGAGAACGGUCAAACUACUGAGCGCCGCUUUGGCACCCUGGCGGUCCACGCUGGUUCUCCUCACGACCCUUCGACUGGCGCUGUUAUUGCUCCGAUCUCUCUUUCCACUACAUUUGCUCAGACUAGCGUCGGCAGCCCCGUCGGCCUCUACGAGUACACCCGCAGCUCUAACCCCAACCGUGAUAACUUCGAGGCUGCCAUUGCUGCCGUUGAACAUGCCAACUAUGCCCUUGCUUUCUCUUCCGGUUCCGCAACCACUGCGGUCAUUCUGCAGUCCUUGGCUGCCGGGUCCCACAUCGUCUCGGUCUCCGACGUGUACGGUGGCACCCACCGCUACUUCACCAAGGUCGCCUCGGCCCACGGUGUCGAAGUGACCUUUUCUCCCGCCAUUGAGCAGGAGGUCGAGAAAUUGAUCCGACCCAACGAGACCAAGAUCAUCUGGAUCGAGACCCCCUCCAACCCCACCCUCAGCCUGGUGAACAUUCGCGCCGUAUCUGAGAUCGCCCACCGUCACGGCGUCCUCGUCGUCGUCGACAACACCUUCCUCAGCCCCUAUGUCCAGAACCCAUUGGACCACGGUGCCGAUAUCGUCGUCCACUCCGUCACCAAGUACAUCAACGGUCACUCCGAUGUGCUGAUGGGUGUUGCCGCUUUCAACUCCGACGCCCUCAAGGAGCGUCUUACUUUCCUCCAGAACGCCAUUGGUGCUGUCCCCUCUCCAUUCGACUGCUGGCUCGCCCACCGUGGUCUCAAGACCCUGCACCUGCGUGCCCGUGAGGCCACCAAGAACGCCACCGUUGUCGCCCAGGCCCUCGAGUCUUCCCCCCACGUCAUCUCCGUGAACUACCCCGGUCUUGACUCCCACGCUCAGCGUGCCAUUGCUCUCAAGCAGCACCGUGAUGGUAUGGGUGGUGGUAUGCUCAGCUUCCGCAUCAAGGGUGGCCAGGCCGCUGCCCACAGCUUCUGCCAGCAGACUAAGAUUUUCACUUUGGCUGAGAGCCUGGGUGGUGUUGAGAGUCUUUGCGAGGUUCCCUCCAGCAUGACUCACGCCGGUAUUCCUCGUGAACAGCGUGAGGCCGCUGGUGUGUUCGAUGACCUUGUCCGCAUGAGCUGUGGUGUCGAAGACGCUGAGGACCUCCAGGCUGAUGUGCUUAAGGCACUUGAGCUGGUUGUUGUCGGUACUAAGGCUUAA